AGCAGCGCUUUCCGACCUACUGCACUUCUAGUAGGAGAAGUAUGGUAGAGCGUGAUUUAGAACAAACCUCGUGCUCCUACCGGCGGGGCUGAUGUCUGACUCUAUUAGUUAGACACACUCUGUUCUCUGCUGUCCUUUUCAUUCCCCCCCAAAACACGAAUGCAAGACCGAGUCGAGGAGCUGUCCACUUCAGCACCGCCAGCGGUACAGCCCGGUACAACCCAGGCAGAGCCUCAUGAUGAAGAUGAUGAUGAUGAUGAUGCUGCUGAGUGCAUGCGGACUGCAGUAACACACCAGCAGCAGCACCAACAGCCCCGCAUUCCUCCAUCCACACAGCCACCUGAGCCUCCGGUGCAAUGGUCCAUGCCAUCUCCAUCUGUAGUGGCUGGUCUGGCAGGAGAGGGUAUCUGAAGAACGGCAGCUCCAUGAACUAAAAAUACACUCACAGACAAGUCAUAGGAGUUUACAAACUGACCCGAACAGGAAAGGGAUCUCUGUCUUUCUCUGUCUAUCUUUUCUUCAGUCUUCAUCUCAGUGUCACUUUGUGUUGUACUGUUAUGACGCCAUGUCUCAAACUGGAAAAGUCCUUCAUUUGUAUGUGGAGGUGAGAUCCCCACCAGAGCAUGAUGGGAAAGGUAGUUCCUGUGAGACGACAGUGGAGCAAGAUGGUCCCGUUGAGGCUUUGACCAAAUUAGCACAGGCGGCAUCUGAAUUUACCACAACUCCCAGCAGCACAUUCAAACCAAAUGUAAGCUUCCUACUACAGCCCUCACACAGUUCUCUGGAUUCCCCUCAAAGACGCAGCAUUCCCCAGCAAGAACCAUUCCAGCAGGUGUCCUCUGGUCUCAAUAACAACAUUGACUGUAAACAAUUGAAACAUGUCCACUCGUUGUCAUACUCUGGACGGACACCUGGUCCGGGGACUCCUUGUCGAGCCUGCAGUCAUCACCAGGACUCUAAACCAGAGCUCGGACAGAGGUCUGUGGUUACUUUCAGCUACAUUGAGAAGCCCCACAUCAAAACUGUAGAGAGUCCUUGUAACAGUCCCAGUGGAAUAAAGGAGGCAGCAGCUUGCCCACGUAAGAGGUGUAGCGAUUCAAAGCGGUCUCGACCUGCUGAAUCUUCCUGCAAUAAUAGUCCAUUUCACCAGCACAUGGGUUAUCCAGGAUUUUGUUCCUCUACUUUGGAUCCCAUUGGUCAAGCUGCAACACAGCGAGCCCUGGAGGAGUUUGGCUCUCCCCAGUUGAGGUGUAAGUUUUCCCGUGGCCCAGACUGGAGUCCGGAGUUUCACCAACGCCAGAGGGCACGAUGCCAGUCUUGGGCAGGUUCACCAGUGCCAAACUGCAGUGCCUACCGCCUUGAUCCUGACCCAGGCAGGGUAGGAGCUGCAUGUGGUGUCUCCAAAAGCCCAGCAUCAGAUGCUUUCUCAUCCCACACGGGGCAUAACAGCCAGCAGAAAUCCACCUCCAGGUCCCAAGGAUGCCCCAACCAGAACCUCCCUUCAAAACAAGACACUUCCACUCCAGUCAGUCAAAGUUGGGGAAGCCGGGCUGAAGACAAGCCUCUGUCAGGACAAAGAACUAGCCUCACAAACACACCCACUCAUGGUUUGAACCAGCUGAGUGGAAGCAAUAACUCCUCAGCCCUGAAAAGUCCUGAGGUUGCCCGCAAGAUUGCAGAAGAGGCCACCAAAGUGUCGACAAUUUUCAACGAGGUCCGCAGUUCUCCUCCUCCCAUUGUUUUCAGAUCUAAUGUAAGCAGCACAAACUAUGGAUAUUCUUCUAGAGAAAUCCAGCAUGAGACCUUACAACAGAGUCCAGUGCAGCAUUUGGCUGUUAAGAUGAACAUACCUGUGCACGAAGACCAUUCUACAACAAAUGGGGUUCAUCCGCACCUGCAUGAAGCAACAGCUACUAAGAGUUCAGAUGUAAGAGAUGACCUGGCCAAUCACUCAUUCUGCUCUGUACCAGUGGGAGCACCUGAUUCUCCAGCCCUCCCGUCUCGUCUUCUUCGUCCAAGUCUGUCCAAUGCAGAUGUGUGUUCUCCACUCCGAGAUCCACGUCAGCUUAGGGCUGACCUGCCAGUCUCUGACAGCCCCACUUUACACCGUCACAAGCCUCCACAGUACACUGGAGAGGAGUGGACCUCUGGGGAACCCUGGUUCCUGGACGAGGAGGACUGGGAUGACCAUGUCAUUGCAGAAAGCGUGGAGAUCUCCAGGCGGUUGUUUAUCGGUCAGAGUGUGGACGAUUCUCCAGUCAGCUGGACAUCUAGACAGCAGUGGAAAGAGCAGGCAAAGAAAGAGGAAGUGAAGUUCAGUUUGACAGAAAAGAGCAGCAGUCCAGUGUACAGAAAAAGGGAUAGGGUUGAAAUCAUAGAACAAGGACAGGAGAAUUUUAGCAAUUCAGUGUGUGGAACAGACCACAGUCUAGGGGAAAGAGUAGAGGAGAUGACCAGGAUAACGCAGCAACAGAGACAGGCAGAAUGGAGGAGAAGGCAGGCUUUGCUUCUAGGGCCAGUGGUAUUAGAAGAAGGAGAUGGGGAGAGAGGGGAGGAUGAACAGGGGUUUGGAGAACACCAGGCUUUGGCUGGGUCAUCCCCGAGCUCCAGUGGAGUAACGGGAAGCCUAGGAGACAGAGAUUGCAUCUCACCUGAGUCCAGCCAGAACAGCAACCACUCAGAUCACCCAUCAUCAGGAAUACAGUCUGAUGGCGGUUCUUUGGUGCCAGGUCCAUCUCUGCACUGUCAGAAAAUUGCUCGUGCCAAGUGGGAGUUUCUGUUUGGCACUCCAGUAGAAAACACUGCCAGUGAACGAGAGAAGAAUGUUCCAGAAUCCUCCACAGCUCCACCAAGUGGUCACUCCACCCCAAUCCCGCCCUCUUUUCUGCCACUCGAGGAGCUUGCUCUGAGAGCUAAUCACGAUGUUCAACAUGUAGAGGUGGAGUUAGUGACUCCGCCCCCUGCCGCCCCAGGCACCUCCCCCAAAACUGGCAUAAUUCGGCGAACUUUAAAAUACUCUGAGACCGAUCUGGACGCCGUUCCGUUACGAUGUUAUCGGGAGACAGACAUAGAUGAAGUGCUGUUAGCAGAGCAAGAGGAUGCUGACUCAGCGUUUGGAAGUAACCGAAGUGUCAUGGGAACUUCCUGCGCUGGGAGCAGCCCUCUAGGAGAGAUGCCGAAUGAAAGAACAGAUGGACAGGAGGAUGAUGAGGAGGAGGAAGAGGAGGAGGUUGCGAGCUGGGUCACUGUCAGGAUGCAGGGCGACGUGAGGAGAUUGCUGGCCGAUCAGGAGAGAAACGAAGAAGAGGAGUUUUACAGCAUGAUGCUAAAGAGGCCCCGAGAUCAUUUCAUUAAUGACCACCCGGCUCUGAAAUCCCCCAUCCUGGUCCGUGGCCCUCGAAGAAGGUCCGGAGACAGUUUGGACACAUUCAGCCGGCAUUUUGAGAACAUCAUGGAGUCACAUCGUGCCAAGGGCACCUCGUACAGUAGUCUGGACAGUCUCGACCCUCUGACCUCUAGCACUCAAACGGUCCUGACCUUUGACCUCCCCACACUGACUCCGCAAGUGCAAGGUCAGAUCUACCAGAGUGUGCGGCAAAUUGUGGAGCUCAGCUUUGCUCCAUUGGCUCACAUAGAGAUGCCCAGCCUCUCAGAGUCUGUGCUGACAAUAACAGGAGACACCGAUGCCACAAGGGCGCCAUCCAGUGAACGUCUCAGCAGUGGGUCUGACGAUCGCAACGGGCAGAGUUGGCAGAGCAACCCACCACUUACAAUGCCCAGAGAGAAAUCUCCUCGCUUCACUGCAGACCCAGAGUUGGAUCAGGAACUGAGCGAGCGUUUGGGUUUAGGCAGUAAUGACACUCUCAGUAACGGCAACCGCGCUGACCUGGAAGCUGCCAAACGUCUGGCCAAGCGGCUCUUCAACCUCGACGGCUUCAGGAAGUGUGACAUUGCACGUCAUUUGAGUAAAAACAAUGACUUCAGUCGCAUGGUGGCAGAGGAAUAUCUGCACUACUUCAAUUUUACAGGAAUGACUUUGGACCAAGCGCUAAGGGCAUUUCUAAUAGAGUUUGCUCUGACGGGUGAGACGCAGGAGAGAGAGCGAAUCUUAGCACACUUUUCCCGUCGAUAUCUGCAGUGCAAUUCAUCUCUCACACUAUCCGAAGACAGUGUCCACACGCUGACCUGCGCCCUCAUGCUGCUCAACACAGACCUGCACGGCCAUAACAUUGGAAAGCGAAUGUCCUGCACUCAGUUCAUCGGGAAUCUGGAAGGAUUAAACAGUGGCAAUGAUUUUCCUAAAGACCUCCUCAAGGCCCUGUACAACUCUAUUAAAAAUGAAAAGCUGCAGUGGACAAUCGAUGAAGAAGAGUUACGUAAGUCGUUUUCGGAGCUGGGAGAGCAUCGAGGGGAGUCAAACUCCAGAGGAAUGAAGCGGACGGGCAGCGGUUUAGUUUCUCCGUCUGGUGCACUUCUCUAUAAAACAGGUUUCUUGGUGAGGAAGGUCCACGCUGACUGUGAUGGAAAGAGAACACCUCGUGGGAAAAGAGGAUGGAAAACAUUUUAUGCUGUUCUUAAGGGACUCAUCCUUUACCUGCAGAAGGGCGAGUAUCGGCCGGAUAAACAGCUAUCCGAUGAGGAUUUGAAGAAUGCUGUGUCUAUUCACCAUUCCUUGGCCAUCCGAGCCACAGACUACAGCAAACGGCCAAACGUGUUUUACCUCCGGACCGCUGACUGGAGAGUCUACCUCUUUCAGGCCCCGAAUGCUGAACAAAUGCAGUCUUGGAUCACACGCAUCAACACGGUGGCGGCUAUGUUUUCAGCCCCGCCCCUCCCUGCUGCCAUUGGCUCACAGAAGAAAUUUAGUCGACCACUGCUGCCAGGCUCCGCCUCCAAGCUAUCGCAGGAGGAGCAGGUACAGGCUCAUGAAUCCCGAUUUCGCUCCAUCUCCACUGAGCUUGUACAACUGCGCUCUUAUCCACCUGACCGAAAGGUGAAAGGUCGUGAACUUGAAGAGUACCGGCUGAGAGAGGAAUAUCUAGAGUUUGAGAAAACGCGCUACGAGACGUACAGCAUGCUCCUGCGGGCGAAGCAGCGCUGCGGCGACGACGACCUGUCUGUGUUUGAAGCCAUGCUCCUGGAGGAAGGGGCGCUGCAGAGAGCUCAGUCCAGCCCCUCGCUGCAGGACAGCAGUUUGACCUGCAGCACCAGAGACGGUCCGAGCCAGAGCACCGCCGCCUGCGGCGCACAAGAGCCUCCCGGCAACGGCAACAACGGCUGCUCCCGCGGCCAGGGCCAGAGACACAGCUACCGGCAGGCCGUCCGCAAGUGAAGCCGCCGCCACAUCCCACAGGAAGCUCGCUGUACUGGAGAGGAAGUGAGGUCUCUCUCUUUCCUGGGUGCGCCCUCCUGCUCUGUGUGGCAUCAGGAAGUGCUGUUGAUUCUGACUGAAUCUGACUCUGUGAUUGGCUGAUGGGUGGGUGAUGUCACAAUACAAGGUGCUAUGGAAUCUGGAUGGGAGAACGUGUUUCUCGGAGGAUGCAUAAAAUGUUCCUUUGCCUUCUAGUUCUCGGUUUCUUCUGCGACUUUUCGCCUAAAGCCAUUUCAUCGCACUACUAAGGCCUGGUGUGCCUAAACAUCUUCAAAACCAUAUAAAAAUACGUUUUUAGUUUUUCAUCCCUAGAAAUAACGUACGAGGCAUAUUAAAAAUUCACGCGACGCGUACGCCGCCUGAGAACGCUCAACGAGGCGACGUCACGGUAAAACACAAUGCUUGUUAUUUGCCAUACGGGCGUCUGUUUUCAUGUGGUGUUUGGGACCAGUAGACGAACAGAAAACAGGUAUCUGAACUAAUAGCCCGUAUGCAACUAGUCAUUUCUACAUGUUGUUCUCCAGCAUUAGCGAUCUGUAAUUGUACAAUAAUGCACAGGGACAUCAUAGUCACGAAUUACACCUUAAAAUCCAUCCAUUUGCGCAGCAAAACCCCGUUUUGCCCUAAAACAACUUUUGCACUGAACACUAAGUAUUAUUACACUGCAGAACUCAUUUGCUUAAUCAGUAUUUUUGUCUUUUUUUUUAAUAAAAAUAUAUAAACAUCCUUAAAACGAGAUCUGUUUAGUUGAGAAAUGAAUUUUGGAUAUUGAGUCUUGAAUUAAGUUUGUUUUCUCAACCCAUCGACCCAUUUUUUUGUAGUUUUUAAGCACAAACCUUUAUAAAUUUUGUUAGAUUUAUGCUUUAAACAGGAAAAAUUGAUUUCAAAAUAAAUUCAAAAUAUAUUCUUGACAAAAGUACAUUUUAAGGAUGUUUAGAUUUUGUUUGCUGAAAAUUAAAAUGAGAUCCAUUUAGUUAAGAAACAAAUUUUGAAUUAAGUUUGUCUUCUCACCCCAUCGGCAGAUUAUUUUUUGGGUUUUUCGUCGUUUUUUUAAGCACAAACCUCAAUAUAUUUUGUUACAUUUAUGCAUUAAACAGGAAAAAUCGAUUUCAAAAUAAGAAAAAUAAACUUAAUUCAAUAUAUAUUCUUUGAAAACAAGUCUUAAUAGGCAAAAGUUGAGAAACAAAUUGUGUGUAUUGAGUCUUGAAUUAAGUUCGUUUUCUCAACCCAUCGACAGGUUUUUUUUUUUUGUUGGUUUUUUUUGUAGUUUUUAAGCACAAACCUUUAUAAAUUUUGUUAGAUUUAUGCUUUAAACAGGAAAAAUUUAUUUCAAAAUAAGAAAAAUGAACUUAAUUCAAAAUAUAUUCUUCACAAAAGUACAUUUUAAGGAUGUUUAGAUUUUGUUUGCUGAAAAUUAAAAUGAGAUCCAUUUAGUUAAGAAACAAAUUUUGGAUUUUGAGUCUUGAAUUAAGUUUGUGUUCUCAACCCAUCGGCAGAUUAUUUUUUGGGUUUUUCAUCGUUUUUUAAGCACAAACCUCAAUAUAUUUUGUUACAUUUAUGCAUUAAACAGGAAAAAUUCAAUAUAUAUUCUUUGAAAACAAGUCUUAAUAGGCAAAAGUUGAGAAACAAAUGUUGUAUAUUGAGUCUUGAAUUAAGUUUGUUUUCUCACACCAUCCUCUACUUUUUAAGCACAAACCAUUGCUAAAUUUAGUUCGAUUUAUGCUUUAAACAGGCAAAAUAAACUUAAUUCAAGAUAUUAUCUUUGAAAACAAGUAUCAAUAUGCAAAAGUAAAUAUUAAGGAUGUUUAGAUAUUUUUAGUGAAAGACGAAAAAAACAAACGUUUGAGAAAAUGAUUUCUGCAGUCAAGCGAACGAACAGACGCGUAACUUUUGUCUGUAUAGUUCAUUUCUUGAAUAUGCUCUAUUUUAGCUUCUUGUCCUUGUCUUUCUGCAUUAUUCUCUUGGCUGAAUGUUGUCUGCUGUGUACGGCAUGGCUGACUAGUGACAAUCUUUGGUGUUUGUUUGGUUCAACAGAAACCGGUAGGAGGCGUGCGGUGUGUAGAUCAUGAGUCAAACGGACCUGUUACCCACGCAGCGCACUGAAUGUCAUCUUUUUCCUGUUAAAUGCAGUUAGUCAGUGUUUAAGACGCACUUCCCCUUAUUGCUUUCUUAUGUAAUCGAUGAGAGAGAGUGUGUAUAUGCGCAAAAAUAUAUCACCUAUAUAAGGAAUGUUUUAAAACUUAUAAUGAAUGUGGUUGUCAAAAUCCAAACUGCCACAUGCAAUAUUCAGCAUAGGCCUGUUUGUGUGAUCAACGCAUAUGUGGAUGUUUAAUUUACACGGCACGCGGCUUCCUGUGACACGAUGAUGACGAAUAUACUUCGAACGGGUGCUUGAAACCGUUGAAUGUACCAUGUGUUUGACCAUGGUGACGAGACUCUGGCAUCACAUUUCAAUCUCGAGCAUUGUUUUUCUUUCAUGGUUCCUUUUGCGGAUAUUGUGUGGUGUUUCAGUGGUGUAAAAAAAGUCGAAACGUACAGUGUUACAGUGAGUCUAAAGGGCGAAAGAAAUACAAGUGAAAAAAAAAGUCUGUUUAUGAACUUUGUAAAGUCGUUUGGGUGAAUAUUGCAAGAAAACAUGUCAGAGUCACAUUUCACCCCAAAGUCAAGGGGGGAAAAAAAGAUUUUUUUUGGACUAUUAGAGGAUUAUUUAUUUGAUAUUGGCAUUAUGACAUUAUUCCCAUGACAAAUAGGCACAUUUUAUCUCCAAAUCCCAUUAUUGUAAUGCAUUAACUUUGCAAUUCCAAUUAUUUUUAGUGGCGAUACACAUUAGAUUCUGUCAUGAUGUAUUUCACAAUUUAUGAGAUAUAUAUAUAUAUAUAUAUAUAUAUAUAUAUAUAUAUAUAAUAUAUACACACACACAAACAAAUAUAUAUUAAAUAAAUUAAAACAUAUAAAUAAAUAAAACAUUUUUCCUACAUUUCAACAUUAUGAUGACAUUAUAUUGUCAUGAAUAUAGUGUCACAAUGCAGAAAUCUUAAUGAUCCUAAAAAUAGGCUUCAUCGUCCAAAACAUUUAGUUUUCAUUGAUUUGGGGGUGAAAUCAUGACCUUGACGAGUUUUGUGAGAUUCACUCAAUUCAUCAUCAACCACUAGUGUUGAUUUCGAUGAUAAAAUCUGCUGUUGUACCUAUAAUAUGGUACACUUUAUCAAUACAGCGCUGUAUAUCCAGAGAGCAUGAUGUGGAAUAGUUUUGUGCGAUUAUAGGUGAAUAUAAAGUCGGAAAGCCAUUCUCUGCUCAGGUGUCAUAUGAAUAUAAUGUAACUGUUGCAAUGCAUUCUUCUACCAGCAGAGAGCGCUGUCUUCAGCCAUACUUAUACCACAAGCACCAGAAUGAGAGUGGAAAGAUCCACUGAUAAACUGUUGGGUUUGUGUUUGCAUACAUAUUUAUUUGUCAUUUUGUUUACUUUUCAUGUGGACUGAGGUAAUCUGUCUUGGCGUAACCACUCGUCUGGUUAAAUGUCGAUUUAUUGUCUCUAAUUCUGCACAUACACACACUUGCGACCUGAGAUCGUGUCUGUCGUGUCCUGCUAUGAUGAAAUCAGUCGCCUCUGACCAAUAUGAUUAUCAUAUAAUACUAUAUUUUUAAUUAAGCAGCACCUGAAUGUACAUAAACAGCAUGAAAUUCUUCUGCUCUCAUUUGCAUCUUGUGUCUUGUUUGUUCUGAGGUGAAUAUAUGCAUCAUUUCUGUUGUUGAUUGAGUGUCGUCUGAUGACUCUUGGUGGAGGAUUGCUGCUUGUUUAAGCUUGUUAUAAUUGUAAAUGAGGACAAACUGAUAUUGUUAUAGACUGAAAGUGAAGGAAACACUACUUUGUUUUGUUUACUCUUUUUUUUAUUUCUUUGAAGUUUCUUUAUUCUUUCACUUUGUUCCUGGUCUUUCAUACAGUAUGUGGUUCGCUUGUAAAAAGUUCUGUAAGGACCGUGUUUGUACAGCCUCUCUUUAUGAUGGCCUAGAAUACAGAAAUAAAUGACAAACUAUAAUGAAAUGCA